CAAUUAGGGAGCCGAAAUGAAUUAAUCAAAUCAGGAGGAAUGAAAUGGUCAUGUUGCGAAAGAUUCUGCAAAAUGGAUUUCCCGCCAACUUAUCGGCCAUUCCCGCGAUAUUUCUGAUGUGGUCACAUUCUUUUGAAGUCACUCCCGCCGGGUUCAACUCUUCUUUAGCCGCCUCCCACAGCCUCCGAUUCAAAACCAAACCCUAACACCGAAAAAACAUUAGCUCGGAAGAAGGUUUGGCAAUGGAAGCAGGUCUCGGAUCUCGGAAACGGAAGCAUCAGUCAUUGAAAUCCGGUGGCAUUUUCACUCGAAGCAACUCGCAGAUUUAUGUUCGCCGACGCAGAUCUGGUUACGCUCGAUCCAACUCCGUUCGAACAAUUAAUCCUAUCAUGUCGCUUGAAGCGACAACGAACUCACCGAUGGACCAAGAUCCGUGGGGAAGCACGGCUCAUCCAAUUACAAGUGAAGUCUUAGUCAAGGAUCUUCGCGUGAGGAGGAUAUUUUCUCCUAUGACGGUUCCAGAAGAGGAUUCAAGUGUCGGAGCAGUCGAUUUGAAAGCAGAUUUUGAUGUUCGUAAGACGAAUGAUGGAAACCCUAACGUGUCUUCUUCUGAAGGUGAUCCUGGUCAUUGUGAUUUGGGGGUUUCUAGCUCUGUCGUCAUCGAUCCGAAACAUAGAUUGCAAAAUAUUGUGGAUUCUUUUCUGGUAAGUGAGAACAAUGUCAUGGAAGCUGAUGAGUUUUUAUUGACGCCACCAAGAGUCUCAGAUUCCGACCAAAACAAUGUCGCUGCCGAAAAUAAUGGUUUCAUUUCUAUUCCAAACGAAGUCGGCCAAUCAUCGCUGACGAGUUCGCGUAGCAAGAAGAAGGUGUUCAUAAAUCGGGGCUCAUAUAAUAGCUAUAGAAGGCUGCUCCCUUAUCUAACGGACAUAGGAACAGAUGAUUCUCCAAGUUUCGAGAUAGUCGAGGCCACAAUGACCAAACAACAGAAAUCAAGCACCAUUGUUCCUAACAUGGUUGCCUCUAAAGAUAAAGAUGUCGACGCAGUACCCAAUCUUAACAAUCUGGCAGAUUGUGCAUUUAAAAGCCAGGAAGAUGCUGUAAUUGACAAAUUGGAUGAGUGUGAGCAGACGACACCACCAGAUUCAGUAUCAGUAUCCAAAAUGGUACUUAAACAAUCUUCUAGAAUGAAGAUGCUGCAAACUCCAACAUCAUUUAGUCAUAGAAGAUUGCUUCCAUACUUGACGAGUGUUUCAGAACCUGAGAAAACCUCAGAGGAAAACCAACAGGAUAUCAGUAACUCCUUACAAUCAACCACUGUAAAUCAAAAAUCAGAUUCUUCUUAUCCUACUUUGACUCCAGUCAAACCACUAUUUGAAAGCAUAACAACAAUUACUCCAGUUUCAAAUGACAAUCUUUUGGAUUCUAAUAGGACAGAUAUUAAAUCCAUUGAGUCAACUUCACAGUUAGCGGUGAAGUUACAAGCUGAAGAACAAGAAUCACGUAAUAAAGACUUGAAAUGUAUUGAAGAAACAAGUCCUGAUAUAAAUGACAAUCAGAAGCCAGUCAAUGAAAGCACACAUGAAUCUUUAUUGCAGAUUCCACCACUAAAUUCUCCCCUAAUUAAUCGGGAUAAUUCUAGAAAUGGGAUUUCUGUUGCAAACGAAAUCAUAGAUACCCAAGGGUCUAUGGUUAAGAUCCAAUCUAUGGUGACAAAUUUGCAUAGCAAGAAGAAGGUCUUCAUAAGUCCGAAGUCAUUCAGCUAUAGAAGAUUGCUCCCUUACCUAACAGAACCAGGGACAAAUGAUUCUCCAAAUUUUGAGAUAGUUGAGGCGACUUUACCUAAAGUUCAGAAAUCAAGUAACAUGGUUCCCAAUAAAGACCAUGAAAUUGAUGCAGUACCCACUAAUAGCAAAUCAGGAUUGUCUGAUUCGAUUCAGAAAAGUCAUGAAGAUGCUCUCAAUGACUCAAUGGAGAAGUGCUUACAGAUGAAGAUGCUGCAAACACCAACAUCCUUUAGUCACAGAAGAUUGCUUCCAUUCUUGACGAGUGUUUCAGGAGAUGAUUCAGGUAAUAUUAUUGUGGAUGAAUCUCAAACCACUGCAGAUGAGAAAUCAGAUUCUCCUACUUCUACUUUGACUCCAAUUCAAACAUCAUCUGAAAGUACAACAACAGUUGCUCAAGUUUCAAAUGACAAUCUUGUGGAUACUCAUGGACCAGAUACAAAGUUGACCGAGUCAACUUCACAUUCAGGGAUGAAAUUACAAGCUGAAGCCGACAGUUUGAUGAAGGUGGAACAGGAAUCACCUAUUAAAGAUCUGAAAUUAGUUCAAGUAACAACUUCUGAUUUAGAAAUUGUGCCAAGUGUUGAUACAAAUGACAAUCAGAAGGCAGUUAAUGGAAGCACACAUGAAUCUUUAUUGCAGAUUGCACCACUAAAUACUCCCUUAAUCAAUCGUGAUAUUUCUAAAAAUGGGAUCUUGAAAAGAACCCCAAGAGGAUGCAGAGGGAUCUGCAACUGUUUGAAUUGCACAUCUUUUCGUCUGCAUGCAGAAAGAUCAUUUGAGUUUUCAAGAAACCAAAUGCAUGAUGCUGAAGAGGUUGCUUUAGAGCUUAUCAAUGACAUGAAUUCUCUCAGGAACAUUCUGGAAAGAACUGGUGCUGAUUCUAAUGAGGUGAAAGAAGUGUUUGCAAAAGCUUUGUAUAAGGAAGAAGUAGCAAGGGCAAAAUUGGCACAAAUGAAUGAAGAUUUAAAUAAUCAAUGUAGAAGCAUGGGAAAGUAGAAAUUAUUCAUUUCUUUCUCUUCUUACUAUGAAAAAAAAUUAAUGAAACAUUUUCUUCUUUCAUGAUCUCUUUUAGUAGAUAGUUUUGCAUUGUAGUCAUAGUUUAUAGUAAACCAAUCGUUGUAUGUUAUAUUAAUGAUGGUUUGUUUAUACUAAAGAAUAUGAAGUAGAAUAGUCAUAAAUACAAACGAGCAA